ACCACCACAAAAAACUCAAUCUUUUAAAGGAGAGAAGAGAACCCAGAACUGGUUUCAAAAACAAUGUUCUGAGAAAAUGAUGAAUUGGAAUCAUGAUUCAAACCAUACAGCAGAGCAAGUAGUUGCAGUUGCAGCUGCUGCAUAUGUCAUUUACUCGAUUGCAGAAACAAGCAUCCGAGAUAAAAAAAAGACCAGUGUGGAUCUUGAACGCUCUCUGAUCAAGGAUAAGAGCAGAAAGGAGGAUUCAACAUUUCCAAUAUUAAAACCUGGCACUGUAUCCGAACCAUUCUCAGGUAAAGAUACAAAGCGUGAGAAAUAAAUCCAGAUAUCCAUGUAACAGUGUAUUAAGAAUCUCUACUUGUUGCCACUGCUUAACAGGUGAAGGUUUGACAAAGAGUUCAGAAAGUGCUAAGAGCAAAGUGCCAGUAUCUGAUGAAAAGGCAACUAGACGUGCUCCAUCAUUUAAAAAACCUCUUAGUUUUGCUGAUCACUUGGGCAGCACUAGCAGUACAAAACCCACAAGUGCCCCUAAACCUGAUAUGCUUUCCCGUGAACUAGAAAGUGCAGCAUCAAAACCUGAUCUCCCUGAUGUAAAACCUGAAAGUACAGCGCCAAAACCUGAUCUCCCCACCAUAAAACCUGUAAGCACAGCACCAAAACCUGAUCAUCCUGCCAUUAAACCUGGAGCUGCAGCAAGAAGACCUGAAGAGCCUCCUACAAUUAAGCCUGUGGCUCCAGGGAUAGAAGCCAAAAGACAGAGUGCAGCAAGGCCAGGGACAAAGCAGAUAAAGGCAGACGCUUGGGAGAAGGCUGAGAUGACCAAGAUCAAAGAACGGCAUGUUAAGUUAAAUAGCACGAUACUUGCCUGGGAAGAAAAGAAAAAGAAGAAAGCAAGAAACAGGCUGGACAAAGCAGAGGUUAGACUUGUUUUCCUUUUCUUAAUUCAAACAAAUUCUUAGAAACCAACAGCUUAUCUCUUGGAGCAGAAGAGUGAAUCGGAGAAAAAGAGAGCACGAGCCUUAAUAAAAUUCAGGAAUGAAAUGGAGUACAUCAAACAAGUUGCAGAUGAAGCAAGAGCACAGGCAGAGG